CGCUGCCUCCGCUCUCUCCGGGCCUCGGUUCCGGCGCGGGUCUCUGCGCGGCGACGGCAGCGGCGAUGGCUGGCCGCGGCCGCGGGGGGAGGAGACGGCGCUGCGGGCGACCUUGAGAAAGCAGCGGCCAUGGGCAACAUGCCGUCGGCGCUGAAGCACUGCCUCAGCUACCAGCAUCUCCUCAAGGAGCAGCUGUGGAUCGGAGAAGCGGCGCCGCAGCCCACGGCGCUGCAGCAUCCCGGGCAGGAACUGCUCACAAGUGGAUUUCCCGAAUUUGUUAAAAUAGUAGAAGUCGGGCCUAGAGAUGGAUUGCAGAAUGAAAAGGCUAUAGUCCCUACAGAUGUCAAAAUUGAAUUCAUCAACCGACUUUCCAAAACAGGCUUGCCUGUCAUAGAAGUGACGAGCUUUGUUUCUUCGAAAUGGGUACCUCAGAUGGCUGAUCACACAGAAGUCAUGAGAGGAAUAGAAUGCUAUCCUGGAGUCCGUUAUCCAGUCCUUACCCCUAAUCUUCAAGGCUUCCAUUCUGCUAUUGCUGCCGGUGCAACAGAAGUGUCCGUCUUUGGUGCAGCUUCUGAGUCUUUCAGCAAAAUGAAUAUUAACUGCAGCAUUAACGAAAGCAUGGAAAGAUUUGAAGACGUCGUGAAGUCUGCCAGGAAGAUGGACAUUCCAGUGCGAGGGUAUGUGUCUUGUGCGUUGGGAUGCCCUUACGAAGGCAGUAUUGAGCCAGCGAAAGUUGCGGAAGUCUCCAAACGGCUAUACAGCAUGGGUUGCUAUGAGAUAUCCCUUGGAGACACCAUAGGUGUGGGGACCCCAGGCAGCAUGAAGCGCAUGCUGGAAUCUGUUAUGAUGGAGCUCCCCGUGGCGGCAAUUGCAGUGCAUUGCCAUGACACGUACGGCCAGGCUUUAGCCAAUAUUCUCACAGCGAUGCAGAUGGGAGUUCAUGUUGUGGAUUCUGCUGCUGCCGGCUUAGGAGGUUGCCCCUAUGCGAAAGGUGCCACAGGCAAUGUAGCCACAGAAGAUGUGCUAUAUAUGCUGAAUGGCUUGGGAAUCAAUACGGGUGUGAAUCUUUUCAAAGUUAUGGAAGCCGGUCACUUCAUCUGCACUGCCUUGAACAAGCAAACAAAUUCUAAAGUUGCGCAAGCAUCUUUCAGUAGCUGAGCUGUAAAGUUAACUAUUUGUCUGUCAAUAUGCAUUACCUUGUUUAUAGCUGCAUAAGGUAAACCUAUAGCAUACAACAAAUCAAACCAUUUCGGGGUGUGUGUGUGAAGAAUAGUCGUUGUAUGUCCAUGGUGGCAGAAAAUUUAAGAUCACAGUGUAAGUUCCUGGGCCUGGUCACCUGACAAAACCCUCUCCAUAUUUUCUCUGGGCCUCUGGAGAUUUCCCAGCUACAAGUGCAAGGCCUCUGUGAAUUGGCCCCCAUCAUGCUCCUGAAGUGAUGUUAACACUCUGCCUGUGGGGCCACCUCAAAGAAGUGUUUGGGAGGUCAGUAAAGACAAGCACGUUGGUUUCCAGGAGUGAGGAGGAAAAUCCAAAUGCCUGUGUAUUUAUCUGAGCACCCCUUGAGGUGAGUUUCUUGCAGAGAGGAACACAAAAGCCAAUGUCAGACGUGCUCAUCUUUAAGAAGCCACAGGUUUGCUUCCACAAUUGUGUAGGUGGGUGGUUUCUGGUGUCAUCCUGUUUUAAGACAUGCACCCUGACCAAGAAAGAUAGAAAGCUUUGACUAAAUAGCCUUUGUUUGAGAGACUCAUAAGCUUCUUCUAAGACAAGAUUAAUGGCAGCUCUGAGCAUGUAAGGAUCGUAUUUCAUAAGGAAUAUCCCCCAUGCUUUAAUGCCAGCUCCAGGUUUUGCGGGGCCCUUGGGUGAGACACUUAGUGGGGGAGCACUCCUCUUCCACCAAUAUUGUCACCAACUGCUCCUCCUCCUUCUCCUUGUCCUCUCCCUUGGUGCCAUCGGCUUGCUUGUCAGGCAGAGAGCCAAUAAGGAUGCAAGAAGUGGCAGCUGCUCCUCCCCUUUAUCAGCACAGCAAGUUUUUGCUUGCUUGCUCCCUCUGGGCUGAGGGAAAAGGUGGGUAAAUUAGCAGUUUCCAAUGGCCAAAAGGGGGAGCAGGUUGAAACACCUCUUUUUGGUAAACCCUCUUCUGGGUUAUGGUUGUUCGGCAGGGGCCCAGGCUGUGCUGAACCUUGAUAGCAGCUGUGACCAUGCCCAGUAUGGCGAUUUUGAUUAUGUAUGUAUGUAUGUAUGUAUGUAUGUAUGUAUGUAUUGUGAUAGUGACACAGGAAAGCACAGCCUGUCAGGAACAGAAUGACCAGCAGUGGAACUGUGUGUGCGCUACAUAUUUAUAAAGCUGUCUGCCAGGCCAGCAGUCAUGUACUUUAAAACAAUUUGGACACUCUUUGAAAAUUGAUGUUGACUUUGUUGCCUGCCUUGGAUGGGCAAAAGCAAGGGAGUUUGUUGAGUUGAAAUUUAGCUUGGCGGGUCGCAAGUUGCACUAUCUUCAACUGUUAUUUCAAUCCACGUUGGACGCAAACUGACUUCAGAGUUCUAAAGAUAGCAAGUAUAUUCUUACAUCUUAAUCAAGCCAAUUUUUUUUUAGUGUUGUAUAAAUAUUUGCAGCCGUCAAUGAGGUCCAUCAUUGUGUGUGGUCUUGCUGUUGUACAUUUUAUUACUCCAGAUUACCUCUUUUCAUUUGCCAAGUCAAUUACGCUGCGAGCAGGGAGCCAAACCCGGAUUUGCUAUGAGUAGCAUUUUUGCAAUGUUUUACUAUAGUUGACAUCUGUUAAGUAUAUGAAUGACUUUAUCUUGUUCCAAGAAUUUGUAGGGGAUGGCAGCCUGCCAUGUUUUGCAAAUUUAUGGCGCCCUCCUAUAGUUGUUACAUACACUAAAUUCAUUGCAAUCUGUUUUUCUUUCUUGCUGUCCAAUUUCCACCUUUCGGUAGGAGAGUACAGGGCUGGUAUGCAAGCUUAUUGAAAUAAUGGAAGUUGCACGGUAGCUGUGUUCGUUGGAUCACUCCAUUGCACAAUUCAGGCCAAACUAGAUGUUAUGUUAGUCACAUAAUUUGCAGUUGUGCAAUGUUAAUUUCAGCCACAACUUGGAUUGGGAAUGUGGGGUAACUUUAACCCUUUGCACCCACUGCGGCCCCCCCAUCAGCUGCUAUUUGCCACCUGCCUUGAGCAAACAAAAAUGUCCCCCCAGUACUUUUUUUUGCUGGGGG